AUGAACCUUGACCAAAACAAGAACAAUCACAAGGGCAAGAGAAAGAGUAGUAAGGCUACAAACAACUCACUCAAAGUGGUCUACAUUUCUAGCCCGAUGAAGGUCGCGACAAGCGCGUCCCGUUUCAAGUCGCUCGUCCAAGAGCUCACGGGCAAAAACUCAGACAUAUCUCGGUACAUGGACAACGAUAGCAACUACGCGGGUGGGGGAGACUUUCGGGAGAUCGACUUUUCGAGGUCGCAUGAAAAGGAGUCGAGCGAAGAGUACCGAAGGUUGUCAUCUUCGGUUACUCCCGAAAAUACACCCACAACCUCGGAUUCUGUUUUAGAGACGCGAGCUAUGGAUAGCGGGCUUGUCUCCCAAAUGAAUGAUCAAUUCGAGGAUAUAUUUUCGGUGAACGAGUUUGAUUACGACACGGUCGGGAUGGAUAUAUGUUCUUGGGAGUUUUGA